AUGGAGGAUACCAACGUGAAGGAGAAAGCCAAUGUGCAGGAGGAUGCUAAAGGGCAGGAAGAUGCCAAUGUGCAGGAGAAAGUCAACGUGCAGGAGAAUGCCAAUGUGAAGGACAAAGGCAAUGUCCAGGGGAAGGACAAUGUGCAGAAGGAUGCCAAUGUCGAGGAUGCCAAUGUCGAGGAGAAGGACAAUAUGCAGGAAGAUUCCAAUGUCCAGGAGGAUUUCAAUGUCCAGGAGGAUUCCAAUGUCCAAGAGGAUUCUAAUAUCCAGGAGAAUACCGGUGUGAAGGACAAAGCCAAUGUCCAGGAGAUGGACAAUGUGCAGGAUGAUUUCAAUGUCCAGGAGGAUUCCAAUGUGAAGGACAAAGCUAAUGUCCAGGAGAAGGACAAUGUCCAGGAGGAUUUCAAUGUCCAGAAAGAAGCCAAUGUCCAGGAGAAGGACAAUGUCCAGGAGGAAGACGAUGACAUGAAGCCUCUGCCCCGCGAUAAGCCCAUUCGCGUACUCAUCUCCAUUUACACAAAAUUGCUCCAAAGUGGUGACAGGAUCCAAGAAUUCCGCGGCCAUAUCAAUGAGGCCCUUCCUAUCGUUUUCAAGGAUCCCGCUUUCGACACUGAUGUACCAGUGGACUUGAACCUCCUGUCAGUCGAGAUUAGAGUUAGACACGCAUUUGCUGUCCUCGAUGCUCACCACGAUGCCUAUGACUUUCUCACCGCUCACGAGGCAGAGAACAACAAGCUCCCUGUUUACUCAGUGAGGCUUGGCAAGCAUGGUGUGGUGGUUCAGUUUGAAAGGGCACGCUACCUCGACCAGACGAUCAAUUUCACAGUAGGCCAGUUGCAUAAGUUGAACGGAUAUGAAGUGCAGCCGCCUUUUCUUCGAGACUACACGCUUGGUCCUGUCGAGUAUCGUAAUAGGAGGGAAUUCAAGGCGCUACUUCCAGAGAAGGAAGCGACCAAGGUGGCCGAAGAGAAAGACAUUAGAGAGAAUGAAGUUGAAGAGAAAGAAGUUGGAGAGAAAGAUGUUGGAGAGAAAGACGUUGGAGAGAAAGACGUUGGAGAGAAAGUGGCAGAAGAGAAGUUGCCAGACGAGGCCGCUUAAGGGUAGAUGCAACACACACGAGAAAGCCCUACAGGAGCGAGAUACAGCACGGAAAAGCAACAAACAGAAAAGGAUCGCACAUUUUAUACCGUUCAAGAAACCCAAGAAGCCAAGAGGUUAAUACCAAUGAGAUAAAUUAUGAGAUGUUUACUGAUUUGUUCUGCUGUACCCGUUGAGCAUUGCGUGGAGAUGGCAAAGUUUCGGCACCUGAGCUGUUGUGUUGUCUGCAGCUAUGUUCAUUCUCUUUCAGACCAACCACAUGAAAUGCAC